AUGAAUGAAAGAGCUUCUAUUAGCAUUGAGAGGUCAGAGAAAAGAAAGGUUAUCAUGGAAAAUCCAAAUGAAGCUAGCAGAGGCAGUAGUAGUACCGCACCUGCCAUUAUAGUUGAUGAGAGUGAAAGAUCUACUGUGGUCAUGGAGAGACCUCCAAAGUGGCUGCUGCCGAUACUAGUUGCGCUAGAAACCCAUCAACCUGAAACAAAGGAGCAUAUACAUAAGGUUCCACCAUUCCUGCAUGGCAUUGAAAAACACAAAGGCUGCUUUGAUCCCAUGAUGGUCUCUAUCGGUCCUUACCACCAUGGGAAAAAAGAGCUCGAAGAAGUAGAGAAGCUCAAGGCUUCAAUAGCAAAGGAGUUCAUCGACAAAGACAUUGACAAAUUAGACUGGUUUGAGGAAGUGGCUCGCAAUAAUAAGCUCAAUGAAACGAAGCUGAGGGCUCAUCAACUACCCUUCGUUUUAGGGGACUUGUUCUUGCUGGAGAACCAACUGCCCUUUCUAGUUCUUCAGGCCUUAAUGGACUUCAAAGGUAACAUAAGUGACUGGGAAGAUUGCAUCCAAAAAUUUGUAACAGAUAGUCGACUUAACCUCGACGGCUCCAGCCACUUGACAUCUUUCAAGAUAAAUGAUAGACAUCCUCACCUCCUUCACCUACUCCACAAGGUGCUCGCUGCUGGUGAAGAGAAGAUUGAAUUUCAAAAAAAACUGGGGCAUACGUUCCGUUCGGUCAUUGAGUUAAAAACAGGAGGGAUCGAGUUCAAGAAAAGCGAAAGUGGAAGGUUAAAAGAUGUCGAAUUACAAGUUCAUCGCUGUUAUGCAGACUUGUUUCUUCCUCAACUUGUUAUUGAUGACUUAGCCAAAGCCAAAUUGUUGAACUUGGUAGCAUAUGAAGCAUGCCCUAAUGGCCCAACUGACGACUCUAUAGUCACUUCAUACAUAUGUUUCCUGGAUGCACUCAUUGAUCAUGCUGAAGAUGUGAAAAAGCUGCGGUCACAGCAAAUACUCAUCAAUCUCCUUGGCAGCGACCAAGAAGUGGCUGAUCUCUUCAAUGAAUUGGCAAUCAAAUUGGUGCCAAGCCCAAGUAACUAUACUACUGUUAUGGACCAAAUUGAGGAUUGCUACACGUCCAAGUGGUUUAAAUGGGCACGUGAAAUUAGGAGCACACAUUUCAGUAGCCCCUUGACCGCAGUUGCAUCCAUUGUUGCAGCAGUAAUUAUCAUUCUCACCUUUGCGCAGGCUUACUUUGCUGUAUUCCCAAGAGGAGGAGGAGGCGGCGAUGAGAAUCGGAGAACUCCAAAACCUUCGAGGAAAAUUCAUUACAGCUGA